GAGCUUUGGGGUGGAGGAAAGAUAAUGACGCCAAAUAAGAGUCCAGACACUUCCCUCAUUGACCUGGCUGUGAAGAUGAGGAAACAGGCUGAGACCAGGAAGGUGGUGCUGGCCUGGGGAUUCCUCAAUUUAUCCGUAGCAGGCAUGAUCUACACUGAAAUGACUGGGAAACUCCUGAGCACGUAUUACAACAUCACCUGCUUUCCACUCUGGUACAUUGAAUUUGCCCUGGCAGCCCUGUUCAGCCUCAAUGCCCUGUUUGAUUUCUGGAGGUACUUCACCUACACUGCAGCACCAACCAGCUUGGUCACAAGUCCCAGCCAGCAGAUCAUGGGCUGGCUGCGCAAGGCAGCUGUCCAAAUCACCCCUCCACGUGAGGCAGCAGCCAAGAGGGUGCUGUCCCUGACGCCAUCCCCUCCGAUCCAGGGCCAGUGUGUGCUGAGCUACAGCCCCUCACGCUCGCCCAGCUCCAGCCCCAAGUUCUCUGGGAGCUGCCUGAGCGGGUACAGCCCCCAGCUGCAGGCUCUGGCAGGGACCAGCCCCUCUCACAGCCCCUCUGGCACUUACUCACCCAGCAGCAGCUACAGCAAGGUUUCCAGCUUCAGCCACUCUCCCAAUGGAUCUCCCUAUUCCAUGAGUGUGGGGCCUGUGGACAGUGGUGGGAUAAGGUCUCACUACCGAUUCUCCCCCAUUCUGUACAACAAUUCCACCUACAAAGACGACUGUAUAACAGAUGUCAAAUCCCUGGACACCUUCCUGAGGAACGAGGAGGAGAAACAGCACCGAGUUCAGUUAGGAAGCUCAGAUUCCAGCUCUCCCUCCAGCAGCCCAACCUUUUGGAACUACAGCCGGUCUAUGGCAGACCACGCACAGAUCCUGAGGAAGUUCCAGUAUCAGCUGGCCUGCAGGUCCCAGGCUCCUUCUGCACACAAGGAUGAAGCUGAUCUCAGCUCCAAACAGGCUGCAGAAGAGGUUUGGGCACGGGUGACAAUGAACCGGCAGCUCCUGGAUCACAUGGAUUCCUGGACAGCGAAAUUCAGGAAUUGGAUCAAUGACACCAUUCUGGUGCCACUUGUGGAAGAGAUGGAAUCUGUGAGCACUCAGCUGAGGAGGAUGGGCUGUCCAGAACUGCAGAUUGGAGAAGCCAGCAUCAGCAGCCUCAAACAGGCAGCCCUGGUGAAAGCUCCGCUCAUCCCGACCCUCAACGCCCUGGUGCAGUACUUGGAUCUCACCCCAAACCAGGAAUAUUUGGUGGAAAGGAUCAGAGAACUUUCCCAGGGAGGAUGCAUGAGCUCCUUCCGAUGGAACGGAGGCGGGGAUUUCAAGGGCAGGAAAUGGGACACCGACCUUCCCACCGACUCCUCGAUCCUGAUGCACGUGUUCUGCACUUACCUGGACUCCAGGCUCCCUCCUCACCCCAAGUAUCCCGACGGCAAAACCUUCACUUCCCAGCACUUCAUCCAGACUCCGGAUAAACCAGACACUUCAAAUGAAAACUUAUUCUGCAUCUACCAGAGCAGCAUCAACCCACCCCACUACGAGCUGAUCUACGAGUGCCACGUCUACAGCCUGCCCAAGGGCAGGAACAACAUGUUCCACACCUUGCUGAUGUUCCUGUACAUCAUAAAAACCAAGGAAUCUGGGAUGUUGGGGCGUGUAAAUCUGGGUUUAUCGGGAGUCAACAUCCUGUGGAUCUUUGGGGAGUAACGGGACACAGCUCCAGAGGUGAACUUGGACUUAAACAGGAUAAAUUUAAGCUCAGCUUUGCGGACAGAGGGAGGAAGUGCCUGUAAUUAAUUCCCAUCUGGAUUUUGUCAAGGAAUUCCACAGAAUAUUUCACCGUGGAAAUGCUGCUGGGAAUGAGCUCCAGGCAGGAAUUCUCUUUCCUGCUCCUCACCUCAACCUGUUUAAACUGAGCUUUACUGAGCUCAGACUAAACCAAACCAAGGCUGUGCCCAGCUGAGAGCACUCAGAAGGAUAAAACAACUUGGACAACUUCAGCAGCCAAGAAAUUCCAAAUCUGGAAGCUCAGACUCAGUUUUGUUUCAUUUUAUUCUGCGUGAUAAAAACCAAUUAAUUUUAUCCCUGAUUAUUGGUGUGAUUGUGAUUUCCAACCCCUGCAGCUGAAAAGGAAGGACAAAAAUCACCUUUGGCUUGCUGAGUUCAGCAAAUAAGAAUUUUGCUUAUCUUUUCAGUUUUUAUUUUCAUUUUUUUUGUACAAAAUUUUGUGAGCUCUGAACUCCCCAGGCACCUUCACUGCCACCAGCUCUCAUCACCUGCCUUUGCUGUUGAAUUUUUAAUUUUCCUUCAUUUUUUUUGACUAAUCACCACCGAAUUUGGGAGCUUUAUACACCUCAUUGGGAAACCAGGCUCUACACAUCCACAGGAUUUUGGGAAUGUACAUUUUUUUUUAGGUAAAAGCACUUGGAUUUGCUUCAAAGAAAAGAUGGAUCAAUAUUUAUCAAAUUUCUCUAAGGGGCACGGGGAGAAUUUGUUGUAAAUUCUGAUAAAUGAGUAUUUUGGAAA